AUUCAAAUGUAAGGCUACUUCAUUACUGCUGAUCAUUUUGUGAAAUGUUGAACAUGCAACUCUCUGCAACUAGUUGUACACAGAAUGUAACAACACAAUUGAGAUUUAAGAUUCGAACUCAUCCGGGAGAGACGAUUAUCCUUGUGUAAUUAUCCUUUAAAAGUAAACAUAUUAACAAGGAAAUGUAUUUUAAUUGGUCAAGGGAUUGCUUUUUUAUUUUAAUUGAUAUGAAUGAAAACAAACACUUGAACUUGACAACCAAUUUAAAUAAUGGAACACCUCUUGUUUUGAUAUGUGUAUAUAAGAUCUUACACAUACGUUCUUUCUUUGUGCUCCAGGAGCCAGGGGUACACAUUUCAGAUAGUACCAGCUUUUUUUUUCAAGCUUUUUUCUAUUUGCCGUUUGAAUCAAGAGAUGCUUCAGUGGGUUUAAAGUGAAUUUUUUUUUCCAGUGGGUUUAAAUUUGGUACAUAAUAGCUAAAUACGGUAGUUCAAUGAAUCUUGCAGUGUAGUCCUAAAAAUGUAGUUUCUUUUUUGUUCUCUGUUUAUUGCUGUUCUCUUUUUCUGCACAGUUGCUGACCCUCUAAAAUGAAUACAACUGGGCAAGUAACAUUUUUCAUCAUUGAGGGAUUUAAAGAGAGAAAACUGAUCCUGUUUCCCUUAUUUUUGAUAAUGUAUAUUCUUAUACUGGUUGGAAACAGUAUGAUAAUAUAUCUGGUCAGGACAGACGCGAAAUUGAAUUCACCCAUGUACUUUUUCCUCCACAAUCUUUCCUUCUCUGAUAUAAUCUACACAACAACUACUGUCCCCAACAUGCUUUCAGGAUUUCUAGUGGAAGUGAAGACCAUUUCCAAAGCAGGCUGUUUUACACAGAUGUAUGUUUUCCUCUCAAUGGGUACAACAGGACGUGGUUUGUUAACGGUGAUGGCCUUUGACCGAUACUUAGCCAUCUGUAACCCGUUACGCUACACGUCAGUUAUGACCUGGAAAGCUCGUUAUUUGCUGAUACUUUCAGCUUGGGCUUUUGGGUGGUUUAUUCCUUUCAAGGCCCUGAUGUUAGCAUUGCCUCUACCCUUCUGUGGGCCAAACAUAGUUAAGCAUAUCUUGUGUGAUCAUACCUCAGUUGUGCGCCUGGCCUGCACUGACAUUACAAUAAAUGGCGUAGUAGCUCUAACCUUUGCUUUAAUUGCCCUUAUUUCCACUUUCCUGCUGAUUCUCACCUCAUAUAUUUUAAUUGGCAAAGCCAUUAGCAAAAUGGGCUCCGUUGAAAGAAGGAAAGCUGCUGCUACUUGUGUGUCUCACCUGAUAGUGGUGACUAUAUCAUUUUCGUGUGCUACCUGUGUGUACAUCUCCUACAGAGUGCCCUCAUUUGAUGCAGAAGCACGUUUGAUAAUUGCUGUGCUUUACUCAGUAUUGACGCCCCUGCUGAACCCCUUCAUUUACAGCCUGAGGAAUAAAGAGCUGCAGGACGCAAUGAAGAGAGCCUUCUGCAGAAGCACUUCAGGCUCAAGCAUGGCCAGGAAAACUGUGCCCUCUGUGUCAUAAGGAAAUAGAUACAGCUGCUUAAAUGUCCUGUUAAAGCUCUGCUGUGCAUUCUUUUCUUUUUAUCUUUAUCUAUGUAUCUUAUUAGAAGAACUGUAUGAAAUACAGUCACACUUCUCAAAUAUUCAGAAUGUCCAAAUGUUUGUGGCCACACGUUGCUGCAAUUGCUGCAACUGUGCAAAUGCUUACAUCUUGUAUUGUUUUUAUUUUUUUUGAGGCACUGCUAAUCAAAUAGGAUGCUCUUGUCACUAAAUGCAAUCAAAUCCUCACAGAAAUGUUCCAAAAUCCCCCUCCAAUCAGGAUAAACUAACAUCUAUAAUUUUAAAAGAAAGUGUAAGUGUGCUAACUUUGUCAAUAUAGUCCAUAUUGGUCGUUUAAAAGUUAAAAAUUCAAACUCUUUUCGUUCUUAUCAACAUAUCUGACUGCUUUCUGUCAAAUGCACUGUGAACCUGAGUGUCUCAACUGUACCAAGUGUGAUUUCUUAUUGGUCACUUACUCUUAAUGCAUAAAAUAACUCUUUACAGAAUGUAAACAUUACAUUUCAUAUCUUUAUAAUACAGUAAAAGUAAAGCAUAUCAAAACUUUACAAAUUGUUUAUUACAGUCUUUAUACAAUAUUUUCUAUAUCCAGUAUCUAAAGCUUUUAAUUGUGGUUUAAACUAAUGUUAGAAUCUGUUAGAUAUUACUGUAUAUAACACGACACAGAGCAAAUUAUUAUCAAGUCAAUGAUUAUGAGUAAUCUAUUGUUAUGUUUCAGGACCUGAAUGAAUUGUAUGUUAUAUUGCUUUGUUAUUUCAUUAGACAUUGAUUAUGUUAACAUUAAAAUGUGUCCUAACAAACUGAUCUUGGAUGUGUCCAGAAUUUGUACAGGUUUAAAUUGUGAUUGCGAAUUCAGAUGGGAUAUAAAUCAGCAUUUACUGAUUAAGAUGUCUGCUUACAA